CUCCCCUCCCCAGCCCUGCCCUCCCCCUUGUCCCGGGAUCGCUCCGUCGCACCCACCAUGAUGGAAGACGACGGGCAGCCCCGGACUCUACACACACAAGCUAAGACAUAUGGUUCUAUCUUCAGAAAACAAUAUGGUGUUUAUAGCCUAGAUAUGUAGGUAACCUCUCCAGAGAUGUGACAGAAGUCCUUAUACUUCAGUUAUUCAGUCAAAUUGGACCUUGUAAAAGCUGUAAAAUGAUAACAGAGCAACCCGAUAGCAGAAGGGUCAACUCUUCUGUUGGAUUUUCUGUUUUGCAGCAUACAAGCAAUGACCCAUAUUGCUUUGUGGAAUUUUAUGAACACAGAGAUGCAGCUGCUGCAUUAGCUGCUAUGAAUGGGAGAAAAAUUUUGGGAAAGGAGGUCAAAGUAAACUGGGCAACAACACCAAGUAGCCAGAAAAAAGAUACUUCCAAUCACUUCCAUGUGUUUGUUGGGGAUUUGAGUCCAGAAAUUACAACAGAAGAUAUCAAAUCAGCAUUUGCCCCCUUUGGUAAAAUAUCGGAUGCCCGGGUAGUUAAAGACAUGGCAACUGGAAAAUCCAAAGGCUAUGGUUUUGUAUCUUUUUAUAAUAAAUUGGAUGCAGAAAACGCAAUUGUGCACAUGGGAGGUCAGUGGUUGGGUGGUCGCCAAAUCAGAACCAAUUGGGCCACACGUAAACCCCCUGCACCUAAAAGUACACAAGAAAAUAACACUAAGCAGUUGAGAUUUGAAGAUGUAGUAAACCAGUCAAGUCCAAAAAAUUGUACUGUCUAUUGUGGAGGAAUUGCCUCUGGGUUAACAGAUCAGCUUAUGAGACAGACAUUCUCACCAUUUGGACAAAUUAUGGAAAUAAGAGUUUUUCCGGAGAAGGGCUAUUCAUUUGUUAGAUUUUCAACCCAUGAAAGUGCGGCCCAUGCCAUUGUUUCGGUGAAUGGUACUACGAUUGAAGGACAUGUGGUUAAAUGCUAUUGGGGUAAAGAAUCUCCUGAUAUGACUAAAAACUUCCAACAGGUUGACUAUAGUCAGUGGGGUCAGUGGAGCCAAGUGUAUGGAAACCCACAACAGUAUGGACAGUACAUGGCAAAUGGGUGGCAAGUACCGCCUUACGGAGUAUAUGGGCAACCAUGGAAUCAGCAAGGAUUUGGAGUAGAUCAAUCACCUUCUGCUGCUUGGAUGGGUGGAUUUGGUGCUCAGCCUCCCCAAGGACAAGCUCCUCCCCCUGUAAUACCUCCUCCUAACCAAGCUGGAUAUGGUAUGGCAAGUUACCAAACACAGUGAGCUGGGACUCUAAACAAAAUUGUAAUUCAUGAUAGGCUUCAAUUUCCUGUGACACUCUGAAGACAUGAAAGUAGACAUCGGAAAAUGAAAAUAUUUAUUUUAAAAAUUGAAAUGUUUGGAACCUUUAGCACAGCUUUGCUUUGGUGAAGGACACAUGUCUUCUAGUUCUGCCUUUUUAAGUUUUUGUUCAUGAUGGAUAUGAACAUGAUUUUUCUUUGUGUACAAAAACUAAAAUAAAGUCAAUAAAGACAAUUCUGACUACAAAUUUUGAUAUAAUAGGAGAAAUGGGUGAUACCUUUUGAUUAUUAGAUACAAUUCCAUUUUUAUCUUGCUGUUCAGUAUUUUAACUCACUGUGUUUUUAAGAGCAAAAAAAAAAAAAGGGAGAACCGUGAAAAACUGGGAAUCAUAUAUAAUUUCAUCCUGAAUCCUGAUACUCCCCUCCCUUACCCUGAGGUGGAACCACAUUCGAAGUCAGCAGAAAAAAAUUGUGAUAUUCAGAAGAAGUGCAUGAUUUUGGAGUCACUUUGGAGGAAAUACUUUCCCCAUGCCUAAAGAAACCGAAGCCAGACUGAAAUUUUGCAACCUCAAUAAGGAACAGCAUUGUCUGAUUUACUUGAGUGAAUGUUGGUGGUCCACAUUAAGACAUAUUUUUAAAACUUCAGAAAGUGUUGAUUAUUAAAACUGUAGUAUAUUACACUUCAUUUUGGGGGCAAAAUUCCAAGUAUGGUGUUUGUAUUAAGUCAGACGGUCAUACUUGUGCUUUUACAUGAAGUUUAAAUGAUAUACAUUGUAAAUAUUGAAUAACUACAGUGUUUAAAAAGCAUGCUUCAACAUAGAAGUAGCAGCAAUGUAAUUAUUUGAAGUAACAUACAUUCCACUGCAUGAAUGCAGUGGAUUGAUAAGAAUGUUUAAGACUGACAUUUCCAAGGUUGGCUACUAUGUAAAAUUAAAAUUACACAAAUUACUACACAGAAAAAGCCUUAAUUUUAAUUUCAUACAAAUCUUUGAUGCAUUAGUACAUUCUAAAAUGUUACUGGAAAUUAGUUGUGGGUUUUUGUUUUGUUUUGUUUUGUUUUUGCUUUAUAUUACUUGGUAUGUAAAUACCUUGAUUAAAACCUUGUAAACCAGUUCAAGGUUCCUAUAAGUUGUAUAGUACAAGUGUUUUUUAAAACUCUUGGGAUGUUUUUAAAAAAUUAGAUAUAUUUUGCCCAAGAAUUUUUGUAACAAGAUUGCUAAAACAUCUUAUUUAGACAGUUCACUGUACCAAUUUAUAAUUUGAAUAUUCAGUUUAAAUAGUACACAGAGUUGUGACUUUUAAUUAUUUUUUUUUUCCUGUGGGUAGUAUGCAUGGAAUGAGAAACCUGAACAGAGGCUUGAGUUGUAUGUGUGCAGAGUUCAUAAAUGAGAAGAUGCAAGAGAUUUAAAAUUUGCUUCCAAGAUAUUUUUUAGACUGCAGGAUAUUGAAGUUUGCUUCCAAGAUAUUUUUUAGACUAUGUGGAUAAAAUCUGCCUCAAAUUUCUAUCAAACAGGAAUGUAAAGUAGAUAAAAUCCUAUAUAUUUGAGUUGUGACAGCUAGGGGGUGCAGAUGUUUUGGCAAUAUAUUCAGUGUAUUCAAAAUGUUGGCCAGGGCACCAAAAUGACAACAUAGCCUUUUACAGCUAAUAGGUGUUAGUCGCAAACGGCACCCACAGCCUAUGAUUUUUAAGCCUUUGAAAUCUUACAGUUAGCUCUAAAAUAAAUGAUGGUUUUAUAAAUUGGUAAUCAUAGUAAUUUUGGUAUUUCCUUUCCCAACUUAGAAAUACAGCCAAGUGUAUCCAAUAUAAAAAUUUACAGGAUCUGAGGUUCUUCAUCUUUGGGCCAAAUUUUAUGGCACCUUAAUUUUAACAAUAUCAUCUACUACAUUUUUCUAUUAUAAAAUAUACCCUAUUUCUUUUGUCCAUAGUACCUUUGGGGAAUGUUUCUGCAAAUUAUGAUUUUAGGGAGAGUAUUCAAAUUAUGUUAAUUUUGUCUCUGAGCUAAAAAUUUUAUGAAUACAUGAGAAACUUGAACAACUGAAAGCUUUUUUUCCCCCUUAAUUGAUUAAAAAGCCUGUUAAGUUCCCAGUUUGCCUUUUUUGGUCUGCCACUAUAUUAAGCUUAUUGAGGUAACUUACAGCUAAAUAUAGCUGCAGUGUUUUCUCGUUAUAUAUGCUGUGAUUUAAUGAAAUUAUCCAGAGUAGUUAUAUUGCCAUGGUAAACAUGAGACUGAAGUGUCCUUUAUCUUAACCUGAAAGAGAACAAGAUUUCACGAUCAGUUCAGUUAAUGGAAAUUAUAUCAUAUUGAAAGGUUUUUAAAAUACAAAUACAAAUGUCAAACUAACUCCAACUCAGACUAUUUUAUAAUAUAAAGUGAAGUCAGUGCUAUCUUGAUCCAAUUUAAGCAUAGAAUCGUUGACUUUUCCAUGUUCAUUAAAAAACAGCAGCAGAGAUGACUUUGGCAUGCAAAGAAAUGUUUCUUAUUUCAUACUUUUGAGAUUUAUUUGAGUGAUGUUUUUCUGACUGCCAUCUUCUUUACUCUAAUAAUCUCUCCUACUAGUAUUUCCCACCUCCCGCCCAACUCAUGCCAUUCCCACUUGAUUUAUAUGUCUGCCGACAGUGAGAGGCUAAAAUGACUGGCCAACUUAAGCCAAAGCUGUAAACCACAGUUGAAGUAAGUCUUUCAAUAAAGACUUGACCGUA